CCCCUUCUCCUCACCGCCGCGCAGUGAAGUGGAUGUUUUGGUGAACAAAUAUCACGUCGAAAAGGGACUUAAACACGUUUUAAACAUGACAUUUCGACCGUGUGGGACUUAAAGGGGCGCAGCAAGGGCAACGAGGGGCUUUUUCAGCGAAGGUUUCGGUUUAUUUAUCCGUCGUAUUCCUCCGCAUGUCCGCUUUCUCCGUAGAUGGUCUCCGGCGAGCGUUGUCUGGCGGCGGACGACGAGUUCUCGACGAAUAACAUGAAGGAGAUGAUCGGGGGUUGCUGUGUUUGCUCAGACGAGAGAGGCUGGGCAGAAAACCCGCUGGUGUACUGCGACGGACACGGCUGCAACGUCGCCGUGCAUCAAGCCUGCUAUGGAAUCGUGCAGGUGCCCACUGGUCCAUGGUUCUGCAGAAAGUGUGAAUCUCAGGAGAGAGCAGCUCGCGUGAGAUGUGAGCUGUGCCCCCACAAAGAUGGAGCCCUCAAGAGGACAGACAACGGAGGCUGGGCCCACGUGGUUUGUGCCCUUUACAUACCUGAAGUAGAGUUCGCUAAUGUCUCAACUAUGGAGCCCAUAGUACUUCAGUCUGUGCCACACGAGCGCUAUAACAAGACAUGUUAUAUCUGUGAGGACCAAGGCAGAGAGAGUAAAGCAGCCACUGGAGCAUGUAUGACCUGCAACAAACAUGGCUGCAGGCAGGCCUUCCAUGUCACAUGUGCCCAGUUUGCAGGGCUGUUAUGUGAAGAACAAGGAUCAGAUGCAGACAACGUCAAGUACUGUGGAUAUUGCAAAUACCACCACAGCAAAUUGCGAAGGAGCAGGGGCCGUGGUAGUAGGUCUCAAAGCUUAAGUGACUCUUCCUCUCAGUGUAUGGAUAGACCCCCAGACAAGGACAACAAGAAACACAAGGAGCGGGACAGGCACAAACCGAAACACAAGAAGACCUCCAUGGACAUGUCGCCCUCCCUCGUCCUUCCAAACAUCAUGGUCCCAGAGAAGGCCUACAACAGCAGCAGCUCAGGGGGAGGGGUCCCCUCUCUGCCUGCAUCCUCGCAGAAACGAUUGGACGACGGCAGCGCCCGCUUCACCAACGCCAACUUUCAGGAAGUGUCGUCCGCUCUCUCCGUCGGGAGCUCCAAGGAUGGUUUGGCUGCGGAUGCUGGGAAGGCGGCGUCUGAGGUGAAGAACAAGAAGAACAGCGGCGGAAGUCACGCGGUGGGAACGAGGGGCGGCCGCAAGUCUCUCACCUCCUCAGGGAAACCCCUCCCCUCUGCCGUGGUCACCAUGGCAACCUCCUCCACAUCUGCCUCUGCUUCCACAGGGCCUUUCCACCAAGGCCUGCUGUUGACAAGUGCCAGCAAGACGCCCUCUGCUCCUUCGUCUACAGAUUUUCUAAGUUUCUCCGACUCGUCGUUGCGUCCCGGGGGCGGGACUACCUUCUCCUCCCCGCCGUCUUUCAGCAGCCUGGUGAAGCCGAGCUCGGAGGGCGGAGCCUCAGAAGGAACUGCAACACUGUUUGGUUCUCUUGUGUCCACUACGGCAGUGGGCGGGAAGCUGUAUGAGAAUUCCCACAGUCUCACAGCCAGCGAGACGACAAGCCUCGGUGUGUCCGCUGGCUACAAACGGCCCCAGCCCUCCAGCUCAGGACCAGGGAUCGGAGCAGCAGCCGCAGGAGGAGGGGAAGAUGGGGUAAAGAAGAAAAAGAAGGGCAACUGGCGAAACAGAUUCGGACCUUGCUUCACCACGGAUGUGAAACCUUCAGAGCCAGCGCCCUCCCUGACUCUCCCCACGUCCUCCACGGCCAACACCUCCUCCUCCUCCACCGCCUCCCCUUCCUCCUCUUCAUCCUCGACGCUCUCAGGCCGGCCGGGCUUAGUCUCCAGCAGUGGAUUAGGAGUGGGAGUAGGAGGAGAGAGGGGGCUGGGGGUCAUGGGUGUCGGCGGUGGGAUUCAGAAGUCCCCGUCACUCCUCAGGAAUGGGAGUCUGCAAAGCAACAGCGGCUCCACAACCACUGGGCCAGGUGUUUUCUCUGGUGCCGAUGGGUCAUCGUCGGGGACGGGGGCUGUCGCCGUGGGUGGAGUCAGCUCUGAGUUGUCACAGCAACAGCAGCCCACACCUUCCCUAGCCCCUCCCUCUCCAUUCACUGCCACCGCACCGCUAACCAGCACAGCCUCCACACACGUGAGCGGUCUGCCAGGGUCCGUCUUCAACCUGGCUCCCUCCCACAUGUUUGGCAACAGGCUGAACCCCAACUCAGCCAUGGCGGCACUCAUUGCCCAGUCAGAGGCCUCACCAGCAGAUCAGGAGGCGGGAGACGGCAGCAGCAGCAGCAGCGUCGGAGCUCAGGGCUUCUCCAUAAGAGCUUCUCCCAAGACCACCCCGCGCUCUCCCAUUGGUGGCCUGCAGAUCCGCUAUGACUCCUCGGGGUCGUUGCCGGGGCCAGGGCUGGGGUUGCUAGGGGCGGGGGGAGGCGGCGGGGAGACGCUGCCCCCGGUGGCCACCAGCAUAGAGCAGCUCCUGGAGAGGCAGUGGAACGAGGGGCAGAGCUUCCUGCUGCAGCAGGGAGCACAGGGAGACGUGGUGGGCAUGUUGAAGUCUCUCCACCAGCUGCAGGAGGAGAACAGGAGGCUGGAAGAGCAGAUUAAAACUCUGACCAUGAAGAAAGAGAGACUGCAACUUCUCAGCGCUCAGCUAUCAGUGCCUUUCACCCCCACCACGGCCUCCUCAGAUGUGAAGGGAGGCCAGUUGGGAGCCACUGAUUCAUCUUUACCUGUUGCAGCUCAGGACAGCGCGUCAUGUGGCGGCCACAGCAGCAGCGGCUCCACCUCCUCUCUCUCCACCCCUCCCUCCGUCUCCCAGAGCCCACCCCAGCCGCAGCUCAACGGGGUCGCCGCCGUGGGGACGACCCCGGCCGGGCUGGGCGGAGUGGCCGGACUGAUGGGCGCUCUCGGUGCGGGGAGCGCGCUGGGCAUGGGGGGGAUCGUCGGGGCCCUGAACGGGGUGAUCCAGACGCCGGCGGGCACCGCCAGCCCGCACACACACACUACUGGAGCAGCGACGGCCGUCACACUGCCUGUCAAUAACAGCAGCUCAGCAACUAGUAAGAACAGUGCUGCGCGGCUCGGCCUGCUGUCUGAGCAGCAGAAACUCCUCCUGCAGCAGCAUCAGCUACAUCAGCUGCUGUCCUCACAGCCUUCGGCGGAGCAGCAGCAGGUGCUGCUCUACCAUCUGAUGCAGCAUCAGCAGGACCUCCAGCAGCUGCAGUCCCUCUCCUCCUCCGGCCAGAUUCCCUCCAUCCCACUCUCCUCCGCUCAGCUGCCCAUCAACAACCUGCUGCCUGGCGCCCAGAGCCAGGGCCAAGGCACCAUCACCGCCAACCCUUUCCUGGCGCUACAGCAUGCACACACUGACACACAUGCCUCAGGGGCGCAGAAGCCGCGGCUAGCUGAGAAGGCCGUGGGCGUCGCAGGGCAGGAGAAGACAUGACGGCAGUUGCUGUUUUGUUUUUUGGUUGUUAUUUUUUUGAAUAAAUAUGCAGAGUUUUUGGGAGAUCAGCCUGUUGGUCAACUUAACAAUUCAGUGAUGAGAACAUCAGCAGCAGAAAAAUCUGUGUCCCUUGUAGAUUAUUCUUUCCAGUGAUUGAUAGCAGAUGUAAUAGCAGAAGACAAAAAAAUAUAUAUACUAUCUGUUAAAUAUAUAUGUAUUUUUUUUCUUUUGCAGACAUUAACUGCAAGAAACUAAGGUUUACUUUCUCAACAUUUCCAGGCUACAAUAUUACAAUAUUUUGUGUAAAUUAGUAGUAUUUAUUUCCAUCCAAUUUUAGAUGACUUUUUAGUUUUAGCGCUGCUUUAAAAUCUUUUUGUCACGGUUCAGAUAAUGUUUUUUCAUUUAAUAUCAGUGGUAGCAGUUUAAGGUAUGUUAGCGUCAGUAUGUAGCACCAGAGCACAUGAUGUUUCCAUGCUCUUCUCUCAACAGGUGAGUUGACCAACAAGUCAGCUUCCCAAAAAACUUUUUCCUUUUAAUUAUUGUCUCAAUAUUUUCUUCUCUUAUCCCUUCAUUCUUCCGCUUCUUCACCUUUUCAUUCCUCACUCUCUUUUUUUUUUCCUCUCGUCGCUGUGUCAUGUCUUCUCCUCUCUCCAUUUGUCUCCACAUGUCCCUCAUCACUGCCUCAUCCUCCACACUCAUAUCCCUCUCGGUCUGGUCUCUGCUGUUUCACUCUCUCAGGGGCCUCAGCUAACCCUAGUUGUGCACUCAGCACACAAGCUAGCACACACAGAACUACAAACAUAAAAAGAAAAAAAGCAGAAAUACAUAAAUAUAUAUAUGUAUAUAAAUAUAUAUAUAUUAAAAAAACUACAGUUCCCUACCACAGGACUUAACAGUAGCAGAUGUAUGUUUGACAUCUAUCUCGCGGCGGUCCCGAGGGAAAUAUUGAGUUAGAGGCUUGUGAAAAUAUCCCACGUUCUCACUGUUGCCUCUCUCUCUAUGUCUCUUUCACUCCGUUUGUGUAGAUCUAUUAAUGUCAGUGAGCCAAGCCUGGUACGGUCACUGCAGAAGCCUUGCUUUUGACUGUCUCUUCUCUGGGCCAGAUACAGGGGGCUCACUCAGGGAAGUGAAAUGUAAAACAAGGAAGAAAAAAAAAAUUAACAGACAGAUGCAUUUAAUCCACACGACGCCAACUCACAAAAAGAAAUGAUGCAGUCGGUUGUCAUUAGAUUUCAUCUUCCUGAUUGAGCCCCUUGCCGCACCUACCUCUUGAGCAGGACCAGCCUAUCAGGACCUAAAGGGCCGACAGCAGCGGCCCACUAAAAAACCCAUAACAGUCAGGACUGGCCAAUCAGGGUCCAAACCCAAGUGCCUGAGGCCAAGGGGAGGGGGGGGGGGUGGAUUUAUUUUCCUUUUACCUGUGUCCCUGUCACUCACAACGCUACUGGUAAUUAAGCUGCGUUGCUAAGGCAACAGAUUACAAAACACUUGGUAACGUCAGGGUUGACGUGCCAUCUCUUUAAUAAAACCAGGAAAUCUUAUUCUGCUGCAUUCUCUAAUAUCAAAGCCAACUUUGUAUUGUGCUUUUUAUUUAUUUGGAGUUUGUUUGUGUAAUGGGCAUAAGAUGAUAUAUUUUAAAAGCCCGCUGGUGUUGCAAUUUAACAUCAUUUUGUACUACUGUGUAAAGUUUUGUUUGUCUUUUUGUUUUUCUCCAUACAGUUGAAUCUUGCUGUAAACCCUUUUUAAUGACUUCUAUUCUGUGUCAUGUGUUUUGAAAGCUAGAAGCUACUUGAUAGUUGGCUGAUGGGGAGGGGGUGGUGGCUGUAUAUAGCUGUUUGUAAGGGGGGGGGGGGAGUGUGUCAGGGGCUGUUUGGUGGCACAGUUUUUACCUCGUCAAGUGUACAUAGACCUUUCUCAUUGGCCGUUGGUGUACAUAAGUGAUUGUGAUUGGCCGUGCUGGUGUGAAGGAAAGCCAAUGAAGCCUCAGUUUGUGUGUGUGAAUCUAUAGGACCAGACAAAAAAAAAAAAAAGGUUGACAGUGACUGGACACACAAAGUAUUAAUUUAUUUUUAUAUGUGCAGGGACAUUGUGUUUCUUUUAUUAAGUUUUGCACCAUUUUCUUGAUGAGAACUCAUUUUAUACUCGGGGCACCGUGUUUUCAUCUGUGCACACAUUUGUUUGGAUCAAUUUUGUACAAGUGGAAAAUAAUGGGGGGUGGGGAUCUGACAUUGUAUUUCAAAACACCAAAUUAAAGAAACACUCUGGAUAAAGUAA